GCCCUUUCAAGAACCAUCGAGAUGGAAUGGUGACCUCACGGCAUUACCUUGGAAACCAUGAUGCAAGUUCUAAGCAUCUUUCAAACUUGGAUAACAGCCUGAGACCUUGAGUUCAAAACUGUGCCUAUCCUGAUGCGUGGCCAAAACGAUAUCUUCUUGGCUUGAGGUAAUACUUAUGAAAAAAGAUGUCAGCAGAGAAUACAGAGCUGGUUAAACAACUUGACAGGAUUCCCAGUCAGCCUUUCCUGCCUGCAAUUCCAAAUGUUUCUGGAAGCAGAGUGGAUGCCCUCGAAGACCGGCUGUCCAACCAGGAGAGGACUACCACCGUUCUUCUGGAUCAGGCCUUCCGAAUCAAGGACGGCAUUGUUUCUUACCUUCAGGGAAAUAAAGGCUUUCAGCAGGGAGAGUCAACAGCACGACAACUACUGGAGAACCACAUACAGACUAUCACAAGCAUAGUGAAAAAGCUGAGCCAUGAUAUAGAGGUACUGGAGAGGCAAAUAAAAGCUAGAGAUGACAUGUCGUCAGGAACUAAUUUUGCUAUGCAGAGCCUGGACCAUAAACACUUGCAGGGAGUUGGGGAUCUUCGCGGGAGAGUGGCAAGAUGUGAUGCCAGUAUUGCAAAACUCUCUGGGGAUAUAAAUAUUAUGAGGCUCGAGAUUUCAAAACUAGAGAGAGAAAUUCAAAGUAUCCAGUCCUCCUUGGAAAAUUACUCUAAUAAUGUAGAGAUCAAGGUAAUGCAGCUUUCAGGCAAGAUAGAAGCGUCCAACUCAGAGCUAAGCUCCAAUUUAAAGACAAUACAAGGGAAUCAGCACCAUGAACUGCAUCUCCUAGAUCUUAAGAUCAAUGGUGUUCUAAAUGACUUUAAGGAUCAAAUCCAAAACCAGCAGAAGUGGAUAGAACAUGAGAUGAGGAGAUAUGAACAAGAACAAUCCCACCUCACAAACCAGCUCUUUGGCACAAUGAAAGAUAGACUGGAAGCAGUGGAGAAGAAAAUGGAAGACAGUCUUUAUUUCACCUCAAAAAGGAUAGAAAGUACAGAUAAAACAGAGCACUUUUACACAGAGAUGAGCCAUGUAAAAAAUGAUAAUAAUAAACUCCUUGCAAGGAUUACUAGAUUUGAAAAAAUGAUGUGGAAAGAACUGGAAGAAAUGCAGAGUGAAUAUCGAUCAGGGUUUCAGUCUAUCCGUGAUUCUCUCAACGCAUUAAAGCAAAUACAGUCAACGAAGCUGAAACUUGAGGAAGAAAAGUUCAAGCAAGACAUGAAGAAGAUUCGACGAAAGAUAACUGAACUAAAAGAAGAUUGAUGGCAUUUUCUUAAGCAUCCAAAGUAAUGCCUUUCUGUGGGCACAUUUAGGAAAUUGAAAAACA